AUAAACGUCUCACUUAAAUACAGUGUAGUAAAUCAGUAGAGAAACACGAUGAGUAAAUCCAAAUCUGAGAUGUUUCGCUCCUCGGACAGUAGUUGCAAGGAGAAAGCCGCUCAAGUAGCUAACCUAAGGCUUUGCGGAAAGCCAAGCUAUGUCGUGUGCCGAGGAAAGAUGUCCCCAGACCUUACGGAAAUUAAUACGACCGACAUCAGACAGCCGUACGACGUUGCACUCCGGCAAGAUGUUCAAGACAUUAUAAAGCACCAACUGAAUAUAAUUAAUCUGGUGGAUGGUGUGUACAGGAACAUCGCUGGUUCGAAGGAUAAGAUAACAAGGUAGCCACCAAGUGGUGUGGGCUUUGUCGAAAAUUCCCAGUUAAGCUUAAAUUGAUCAGAGUGACUGUCGCAAUCCAAGCUUCAUACAUCCAUCCAUUCCAGCUAAUGCAUUUGUGUACCCGCAACAUUUGUUGUUUUACUGCGUUUUAAUUGGCAUUAUCAUUUUGUUUUUAUAAAUAUUUAU